GUACUGCAACGAUCGAGCCGAAUACCCAGGUAAAGAUGCUGUGCCCGCCGUUGAACGGUCCGGGUGCCGGAGUGUGGGGCAGUCGCCAAGAGAGGAGCUUCUGGACUGCGACACAGGCGACAUCGCGCACGACAGAGCUCCAUACUUUGAACUUAGUGAUGUCGCC